UUGGUGAAACUCAAACACUACACUUAUUUUUCUCACAGAAGAGGAAAACUAAAAGGGAGAGAUGAAGAUGGGCAGUACCACCAUGGGAGGAGGCUCCAAGAGGAGGAUUUCAAGCAGGGGACUUGGAGGGAUCCUCAGAGAGCAGAGGGGUAGGCUUUACAUAAUAAGAAGAUGUGUGGUCAUGCUCCUCUGCUGGCAUGACUGAUGGGGCUGGGCAGGCGCCCACCUGAUCACCAGAAGCAAGAUUUUCUUUCUUUCUUUCUUUAUUUCUUCUUUUUUUUUUUUUUUCUUCUAGCUGGAGUGUAAAUAUUAGAGGCGGAUCGGAUAUUAUCGCAGAGUUAAUUAACAAUUUUUGUAUUGAUUAGCCUAUUAGGCUCUAU